AUGCCCACUGCACAUCAUAUAAAGGUGAUACAGAGACGACAAGAUGGUUCUACAGAUUUCUAUAGAGACUGGUUGGAUUAUAAGAAUGGAUUUGGUGAUCUAUCAGGAGAAUAUUGGCUCGGUAACGACAACAUUUUCAACAUUUUAAAUGGAAAGUCGUACAGCUUAAGGUUUGACUUAGAAGACUGGUCUGGAGAGAGGCGCUAUGCUCAGUACGAGACGUUUAGUAUAGCGGAUGAGUCUGCAGAGUACCAAUUGACAUUGGCAGGUUAUAGUGGGGAUGCUAAAAAAUUAAAUAUGGAUGAUGCCUGUGAUUCCAUGUUGGGUAGUGAUCCGGCAUUAAAUUUAAACGGAAAACGAUUUUCCACCAAAGAUCGCGACAAUGAUGAUAAUGCAGGUGGGCAGUGUGCUUUGGUACAAAAAGGUGGGUGGUGGUACAAAUGGUGUACCUAUGCAAAUCCAAAUGGACUUUACUUUCUUGGAACUGAACCUGACUACUCUGGUAUCUACUGGUACAAAUGGAAUACCUCAAUACGCUACUAUCGCAUGAAAUCUGUCACAAUGAAGAUCAAACGUCUACCGUGA